CGACGAGAGAUUUUGUUCCAGCAGCUGUGAAACAGAAUACUUAAGUAAUUUUUUCACUGUUCUUAAAACUUUUAUCUAUAAUUUUUCCUCAGUGAAUAUAAAAGUGCACAUUUUCUCACAGAGUUUCAAACUUUCAAUAUAUUAAAAAUUAAAGUAUUUACAGUAAACCUUAUGUUGGGCCGAUUUUCGUAUCCUUCUAGGCUGAUAUUAAGAUAUUUAUUUAUUUCCCUGUUUCUUACCCUCUUAAAUUACAAAAUUGCUCUUGGAAAAGAUUGGAGGGGGGGGGGGGGUUGUCCUGGUCCUAUUCCUCCUUCUGGCUUUGCAACUGUGCAACUACUACCCCAUGGGCAUGUUCAUAUGAGCCCAGCUGCGAUGUGGGGAAACUUACGUGACCUAAGACAGACACUAUUAAAGUUGUAAUACAUGGUGCAGUUUAUUUAAUAAUUUAUACAACGAUUUAUACAAGAUAUUUCAAAGACGCAAUGUUCACAUCAUGUCGUCCCACCGAGGUGGGAUAAAAAUAGUCAUAUGAACACAGAAGUAGCUCAUCCCACUCAAGAGAGCUUCCCGGCAAUCCUGGCUCAUAUGAACAUGCAGGCCUUAAUUUUAAAGUGGCCUAAAAUAAUUUAGCCCUGAUUUGAAAAACACAUCCCCUCCUCCUAAUACUUGUAUUGCUUAAUUCAAAUUAUUUCACUAGUGAGCAACUGAUGAAAUUGCACUUCAUACAUACUCAUUGUUUAAUAACACCAAUUAUUCUAAUCGCUGUUUUCCUUUCUAUAGAAACCAGCUUUGGUACAAUUGAUUUAAAUAUGUUUCAUUCACUUGGAACAGAGUCUGUGGUCCCAGCUAUUGAAAAUAAUAGGGGGAAACCAACACAAAACAACCAAGAUGUAAGAAAAGCUCCAAGCUUAGGCAAUCAUACAGCUACAAAUCCAGCAGAAAUAUGUUUCUUGUCCUCAGACAAUCAGAGUCAGAAGUGGACCAAACCUGAAGUUCAGCAGCUACUAAUACUUUACAAAGCCCACGAAGAAAAAUUUCAUGAUCCGAAAUGGAAAAAAAUAUCAAUUUGGAAGGAAAUUGCAAAAGAAAUGAAUCAGCAUGGUUAUUCUUAUUCUGAUCAUAAAUGCCAGGUUAAGUUCAAAAACUUAAAACAAACAUAUGUUAAAACAGUCGAUCACAACAGCAAAAGUGGUAAUAGUUUCAAAACAUGUUCAUUUUUUGAUGAACUUAAUGAAAUAUUUGCAUGUAAUCCAUCAGUUGUACCAGUGGCAGAAUGCUCUAAUAGAAAGGGGUAUAAAGUUGUUAAGGAAGCUCCUGAUAAGGAAGGAACAUCAGAAGAAAAUUCUCACAGUCUAACUGAUAAGGGAAUUGCCAUAAAAGAUGGUGAGCUGAAGAAGGGAAAGCCAGCAAAAAGAAGAUUUAGUGUUACUGAAAGUUUGAUCAGCAUCCAAGAUGAAAUGAAAAAAGAAAAUGAGAAAAGGAUGGAAAAAAUGGAAGAGAUGCAUAAAGAAAAGAUGCAACGUUUUGACCGCCUGCUCAAUCUGUAUGAAAGAGAUCUUUCUAAUGAUGCAGAUGAAUAACAAUUGAACAUAUACAUUAUAUAUGAACAUUGAGUUUGAAAGCAAAUUAAGUUACUUCAGUUGAAUGACAGUUUUUAUCAAAUUAAUUAACUUUGUACCAAAACCUAUUAUACCUGUCACAUUUAAGGGGGAUGGAGUUACUAUUUUUAGACUUGUAAUUUUGUAUUCUUUUGUAUUUUAAACUUAACCCUAAUCCUAAACCUAACCCUUACUCUAAUCUUAAUCCUAACCCUUUCCCUAAUCCAAACCCUAAUCCUAACGCUAAGUCUAAAAACAGUAACUCCUCCUAAAACGUGACUCAUGUAAUCUAUUCAAAAAUGUUUACUUCAGUUGAAUGGCAGUUUUUAAAUUAAUUAAAUUUG